AUGCAUGCCUCCCGCACCUUUUCGCUCUCGGACCUCCUCCCGGUGGGCCGAGCGCUGACAAAGCUAUGUUCGCCGCCGGACAUUGCCUGUCGGCACGCACAGAUUCUCAGUGGGUGCACAGUUUUCCUGUCAAGCGAUUUGACUUUUGCGUACGCGACCUCAGGGUCGACUGCGUUUCGCUCUUGUAUCGUCCGGUGCGACGUCCCGAAUGCCGAUAACUAUCGCAUCAAGACGUGUCGCCUGCUGCAGCGCAAUGUGCCUUUCUGCACGCGUACGGUCUCGGUGCUUCCCAUACCGGUCAACACCUCGAGGACGAAUGCGGCAUGCCGUAACGAUCCACCCCGUUUGUCUGACAUGCUCGUGCAGGGCAAGACUCGCAGCCAAGGGGCAGCACUGGCGAGGCUGCUCGCCCACGCGGUGGAACGUGUGCCGGUCUGGACCGGCGCUGUCCCGCCGCCUGACCCUGAUCUGCUGUCCGGCGAAGGAUCCGAACCCUGGUUCUCUCCGAGCAGCGGCAGGACGCCGCCGCCUGUUGUCGACGCUGGUCCAGGUCGCGCUGUGCUCGCCAACAGUGGUCCACAACUGCGUCACCGUGUCGUCGUCUUGGCGAACGCGCUGAAGCUGCAGCAGAGCGGAAAAAAGAGCUCGGCACGUAGCUAGGGGCGCUGCCGGUCAUUGCCUGGGGUCAAGUCUUAGUUGACUACUACCGGAGCGCGGGAAGAGUUCGCAGGGUUCGCAGGAACACAUCAAGAAUGCUGGCAACUAUGGAGGUCCCACCGCGAGCAGCGACUAUUGUCAUUCGUAGAUGAGCUUGAGGCAAAUGUGCGAUGGAGUUACCGUCGUGCUGUAUGUAUUGGUGUUUCUAUUGCAAUGUCCUGCAUAUUUUGGUAUGCUUUCGCGAAUAUAUUGUACCCGUAUUCGC